AUGACGGAUGCCAAGUAUGUCCUCUGCAGAUGGAAAAAGCGAUUAUGGCCCGCAAAGGUUUUGUCCCGAACAGAGACUUCAACAAAAAAUAAGAGGAUAAAAGAACUUUUUCUUGAUGUUCAAAUACUCUCCCUAAAUGAAAAAAUUAAGGUGAAAAGUGCAGAAGUCAGGAUCCUAAAGAAGUCUGAAAUUGAGGACAUCGCUGCCUCCUUAGCCUUGCAGAAUGAGGCCCCGGCCGCACCCCUGGAGGAGCUGGUCUACAGACGGUCGCUGCGAGUGGCCCUGGACAUGCUGAAUGAGGGAACCCCUGCCAGUCCAGAAUGCCCUUCAGGGGAAGAAAGGGUGGCUCUGUCUCCAAGUGCAAAGCCCACGGGCAUGGCCUCCUCGCGCUGUGGCUCCCACCCGGCUGCUUCCCACCGAGAGGACGCAUCGGGCACUUCCCCACCUGGAAGGAGGCGGUGGACCCGACACAGCUGGUCAGGCUCGUCCACUUGUAAAGACGAUCUCAAGUGCACAGUGGAUGCCACCCAGAGGCCAGGGGACAGCAGAGACCCAGGUGUCCUGCCGGCCCCCCAAGUUGGAGCUGACCCUCAGGACGGAGGCAGGUCACAAACACACAGAAAAGCUUGGCCUCGCCCAAGUCAGAAGGGAAGAAAGUGUGCCUGGAGGCCCAGCUCACACCGGAAGGACCUUUCAUCCUGCUCCGGCGUAGAGGAGAACGGGAGUAAGGGGAAGGCCGGCACCCCUCCAGCCCUAGCCUCGUGCUCCCAAGUCAGGGAGGAUGACAGUCACACCAGCGCCAGUGGAGGUGGCCUGGUGUCGUCAGCGGGGUCCCCUCCUGCAUUUCCAGCCUCGCCACAGAAGGCAGUUGACACCUGCCGAGAGACAGGGCCCCACUGCCCAACCUGCCUGGACGCUGGAGGAGUCCCUGCAAAGAGGCUACGCCUGGAUGGCAGCCACAGGCCAUCUGGUGGGACAUCAGAGACGGGGCCCGUGACCUUGCACGACACUGCCGAGCACGCCCCUGUGACCUGCACACACAGGCUUCACCUCCCGGACCCCAAGAACACUGAGCAAGGCUGCCCACCCUCUGAGGGGUCAGUGGAGUUCAAGCCCCCUAACUCUAUCCUGGAGGAAGAUGAAGAAGAGGAGGAGCCCCCCAGAAUCCUUCUCUAUCAUGAACCGCCUUCGUUUGAAGUAGGAAUGCUAGUCUGGCUUAAAUACCAAAAAUACCCCUUCUGGCCAGCGGUGGUCAAAAGCCUCAGGCGACGAGAUAAGAAAGCAAGUGUGCUUUUUAUCGAAGGAAACAUGAAUCCCAAAGCAAGAGGCAUCACAGUGUCUCUUAGAAGACUGAAGCACUUUGACUGUGGAGAGAAGCAGGCACUGCUGCACAAAGCCAAGCAGGAAUUCGAGCAGGCCGUCGGCUGGUGCGUGUCCCUCAUCACGGACUACAGAGUCCGGCUAGGUUGUGGCUCUUUCACCGGCUCCUUCCUGGAAUACUAUGCUGCUGCUAUAAGCUACCCCGUGAGGAAGUGCAUCCAGCAGGAUACCCUGGGGGCAGCGUUCCCCCAGCUGAGCGGGGGGGAUGCUGAGAAGCCGGAGGCAGCCAGCCCCCUGGGCCAGAGCCAGCCUUGCCGAAAGGUGCUCCCAGACCGCUCCCGGGCUGCGCGAGACCGUGCCAAUCAGAGGCUGGUAGAGUACAUCGUGAAGGCCAAAGGCGCCGAGAGCCACCUGCGCGCCAUCCUCAAGAGCCGGAAGCCAUCGCGCUGGCUGAAGACGUUCCUGAGCUCUAGCCAGUACGUGAGGUGCGUGGAGACAUACCUGGAGGACGAGGAGCAGCUGGACCUGGUGGUGAAGUACCUGCAGGGUGUCUGCCAGGAGACGGGAAGCUCAGUCCUGACGCGUGUCAACGGGGACCGCAUCCGCUUCAUCCUGGAUGUGCUGCUGCCCGAGGCCAUCAUCUGUGCCAUCUCCGCGGUGGACGCAGUGGACUACAAGACAGCUGAGGAGAAGUACAUAAAAGGACCGUCUCUCAGCUACCGGGAGAAGGAGAUUUUUGACAACCAGCUCCUGGAGGAGCGCAAUCGUCGGCGCCGGUAA